GGGGUGACUACCGUCAUUAUUGCGGCCAAGAGCCGCUCUCUUCGGACAACCAUGGCCUUUCAAUUUCCGAUCUUCAAGCCGAAUAUAACGGCCGUGACUUCCGAUCUCUGGCCGUCAAUGUCGAAAUUGCUGAAUGCGCCGUGGAAGAGUAUCGAACAGACCUCCGCCUCCGCGAGAGUUGCCGCACGGGAUUCACAACGCAUAGACAGCAAAGGUACGAAUCGAAUCCCUUUGCCCGAGUUCCUCGCCGCAGCCCCCUCCGAAGCCUUUGUCCCCGGCACAGUCGAUAUGCACAUGCCACAUGGUGUGUCCCGGUCUUUGAUUAAUGGCUCCGCACCCUGGAUGUCACCGUCCCUUGCUACUCGUCAUACCUCUCUAUCUCGUCGCACAUAUUCUACGCUGGCCAUACCUCUAAAACAUCUCCGACCUGCCCCCAGUUCAAACCCACUACUCGGAAGACAACAACAGCGGCUCUUGUUUGGAGGUCCUUCCCACAGCUUGCUUGCGCAAAAGGAAAAGACCGCGAAUACCAACCCCAACAGUGUCAAUGCCCAGAAUGCGUUUUACCAGGCCCUUCUCCGAGCCAACAUGCCAGCUAUAGUGAUAGAGCGGUAUAGGAGUGGUCAUUUCUCUAGCAAUGCUGCCUCGGACGCCAUUUACCAGAAAGCUCUGGAGCGUGUUGGUGGGGAUUCUGGAGCAUCGCCCCUGGUGAACCGGGAUGUUACUCCCGAGCAAGUUCAAGCUGUUGGACAAGCAAUCGCUGCUCAGAGCCAUGGUGGCCAGAUCGGAGUCUCCGGAAAGCAAACGGGAACAGGAGCCAAGGAGGCUCCUUUGUAUGUUAUUGUGGAAGAGUCCUUUGGGAGCGCUGUUUUCCGUUGGGUCAAGUUUCUUUUCUACUUCGCAUUUUUCACCUACAUGUCUCUGGUUUUGGUCACUAUCCUCGUGGAAACAACUGGCGUUCUGAAGAAUAUCAAAGGGCCGGCAAACAACGAAGCCCAGCCUCAACAACAGACCGCGCGGUUUAGCGAUGUUCAUGGUUGUGAUGAAGCAAAGGAUGAGCUCCAGGAACUCGUUGAGUUCCUGCUGAACCCCGAACGUUUCUCUUCGCUUGGUGGCAAAUUGCCCAAGGGUGUCCUCCUUGUCGGACCUCCUGGUACCGGUAAGACAUUGCUCGCCCGUGCUGUUGCCGGAGAAGCUGGUGUUCCCUUCUUCUACAUGUCCGGCUCCGAAUUUGACGAGGUUUACGUCGGUGUUGGUGCCAAGCGCGUCCGCGACCUGUUUGCCCAAGCUCGGAAUAAGUCCCCUGCCAUUAUUUUCAUCGAUGAACUGGAUGCCAUUGGUGCCAAGCGAAACGAAAGGGACGCCGCCUACGUCAAACAGACCCUGAAUCAACUUCUGACCGAGCUUGACGGAUUUUCGCAAACUAGCGGAGUUAUUAUCCUUGCUGCCACCAACUAUCCUCAGUUACUGGACAAGGCCUUGACUCGUCCUGGUCGAUUUGACCGCAAGGUUGUGGUUGAUCUUCCGGACGUCCGGGGCCGAAUGGAUAUCUUGAAACACCAUAUGAAAAACGUACAGAUCAGCACUGAUGUUGAUGUUGCGGUGCUUGCCCGUGGUACUCCCGGUUUCUCUGGUGCCGAUCUUGAAAAUCUGGUGAACCAGGCUGCUAUCUACGCCAGCCGGAAUAAGCAGACCAAGGUUAUGCCGAGAGACUUUGACUGGGCCAAGGACAAGAUCAUCAUGGGCGCAGAGGCUCGCAGCCGUAUUAUCCAGGACAAGGACAAGCUCCUGACCGCGUACCACGAGGCUGGCCACGCUCUUGUCGCGUAUUUUUCUCCGUCAUCCAUGCCCCUGUACAAGAUUACGAUUGUUCCUCGAGGAAUGGCGCUGGGUGUGACGCAUUUCUUGCCGGAGAUGGACAUGGUUUCCAAGAACUACACUGAGUACCUGUCGGACAUUGACGUAUCUAUGGGCGGGAAAGCGGCCGAGGAGCUAAUCUAUGGCCCGGACAAGGUUACCAGUGGCAUUUCGGCGGAUAUUCGAAACGCUACUGAGACGGCUUUCACCUUGAUCACCCGGUUCGGCUACUCGAAGAAACUGGGCAACGUGGAUCUGUCGACGAACUAUGACAGUCUUUCCUCGGAGACGAAGCAGGAGAUUGAGGGGGAGGUGCGGCGGUUGGUGGAGGAAGCGCGACAACGAGCCACCAACAUCCUGACGGAACGGCGCCACGAGCUGGAGCUGCUGACGAAGGCGCUGCUGGAGUAUGAAACGCUGACCAAGGAGGAGAUGGAGAAGGUGCUUCGGGGCGAGAAGUUGGAUAAGUUGGAGUUGGCGACAGACGCCCCGCUCAAGCUGCCCGAGGCACUCCAGGCGGCGAAAUUGAAUCCGUCGACCCGAGUGGAAGAAGGCCAACAACACCCUCCCGGUGCAGCGUCUACAGAACCAUAG